AUUUUUAGCCAUAAGCCAUUUGUGGUGGCGGCAAUUAAACAUAUUGCCGGAUAAAUUACCACUCAAAUAUUUUUAAAUAAGACGACAUAUUAAUUAUUCAUACGGAAAUUACAAUCAAGUGAGGAUAAUGGACACGUCAUGUAAGAGCCUCACCCCUGACCCAUAUUCACAUGUAAAACCUUCAUCGCUCCUGCUUCGCGCUCAUUGGUCCUGGAGGGUCGCCGGUGCGCGCUCACGUGAACCCACACGGACCAUGUUUCCAGGAGACUCUCCCGCAUGCGCGCGCACACGCCGGCCGCUAUAGCGUUUAUAAGUUUCUCUCUGAGCAAGCGAGAUCGCGAGCACGUCGUCAAUCUGUGCUGGGCGUACCCGCCGGUGGAAUGCGCGCCACCGCGGACCUUCCCAACGCCCCCCUCCCCCUGCCUCCACUGCAGUUUGCAUCGGGGCCGCUAAUUUUUCAGCACAGCGCCGAUGUUACCGUAUAACAUGUUAAUUGUUUUCAUAUUUGUUUCCGUUUCUGGAGCGAAUUUAAUGUUUUUUCCCAUCUUUAACGCUGAUGGGGCGCGCGUGCGUGCACCUGGCGCAUCUUUUGUGACGGCCGUAACCUCGCAUGGACGUGACAAAUUGAGCGUGCCUACUUGGAACAAGUGCAUCUAUGGGACAACUACUGUGGAUUAUUCCGGCAAUUCUGAAGCAUUUUGGUGAAUUUUAAAGGAGCGAACAUCCGUCCAGUUGGAAGCUUUCUUCAACAACCAGGCCUGUGGUUUCUUUCGAUUGUUUUGAUUUCAAAAGAAAAUGUUUUUGUAGCGUUGAUUUGCUGUAAUAAAAGCGGAGUAUUUGCGCUGGUCGUCCAUGUAGCGCAAGAAAGAGGCGCAGAGUGUUUGCGGCUCAUCAGGUUUACAUAAGCAGGAGCGUCAUGUACGCAGGACGCAAGAGGAGAAAACCGGUACAGAGAGCGGUGAAACAACCGUCCAACGAGGGGGCAAAGUCCAACCCGUCCAAGCGGCACCGGGAUCGCCUCAAUGGGGAGCUGGAGAGGUUGGCCAGCCUCCUUCCAUUUCCAGAGGAGGUCACGGCCAGUCUGGACAAGCUGUCCAUCCUUCGACUAAGUGUCAGCUACCUGCGAGCCAAGAACUUCUUCUCUGUGGCCCUGACCAACAGGGACAGAGUCACUCCAGUCAGCGUCAACAAUGUCGAGGGAAAAACAGCAGGAGCUGUGGAAGCCAAAAUACCCGAAGGAGAACUUUUGCUGCAGGCUCUCAAUGGGUUUGUCCUGGUCAUCACUGCCAGUGGUACCAUCUUCUUCUCCUCUCACACCAUCCAGGAUUACUUGGGCUUCCACCAGACCGACGUCAUGCACCAGAGUGUGUAUGAGCUGGUCCAUACGGAAGACCAGCAGGAGCUCAGGAGAAACUUACACUGGGCGUUGAAUCCGCCUCCUCCUGCAGCACCAUCAACCAUCAGCCAGGACUCACCUCAAGAGCUGGAGCCAGAAAGCAACUCAUCCUUGGUCACGUAUAACCCCGAGCAGCUUCCUCCAGAGAACUCGUCAUUCCUGGAGAGGAGCUUUGUGUGUCGUUUUCGCUGCCUCCUGGACAAUUCCUCCGGCUUCUUGGCUCUGAACUUCCAGGGCAGGCUCAAAUUUCUACACGGCCAGAAGCAGAGGCAGGAAAACGGAGGAAAGGCGCCUCCGCAACUUGCACUUUUUGCCAUCGCAACUCCUCUGCAACCUCCGUCUAUCUUGGAGAUAAGGACCAAGAACAUGAUUUUCAGAACCAAGCAUAAGCUGGACUUUACACCGUUGGCUUGUGAUGCAAAGGGGAAGAUAGUCCUGGGUUACACAGAGGCUGAGCUGCGGGUACGAGGAUCCGGUUAUCAGUUCAUCCAUGCUGCAGAUAUGUUGUACUGUGCAGAAAAUCAUGUCAGAAUGAUGAAGACUGGCGAGAGCGGACUGACGGUCUUCAGGCUGCUCACCAAGGAAAAUCGCUGGAAAUGGGUGCAGGCCAACGCUCGUCUGGUUUACAAAAAUGGCAAACCUGACUACAUUAUCGCCACCCAGAGGCCCCUUUUAGAUGAAGAGGGAGGAGAACACUUGCGGAAACGCUCCAUGCAUUUACCCUUUACAUACGCAACAGGCGAGGCCUUGCUUUACCAGUCCAACCAUCCCAUCGCAGGCUUCAGAGACGGCCUUUCUGAGAAGAACGGCAGUAAGUCAAAGAAGAGCCGGACUGACAGGCUGUUGAGGGAUGGUCUGGACCCUGGCUCACUUCUCGGGGCCCUCAUGAGCCAGGAUGAAUCGGUGUAUGUUUGCCAGCCAGCCCUGGAGCCCAAAAUUUCCUUUCACAGCAGCUUAUUUGGAGACCAAAUUGGCUUCUCUGACUCCAAGUCCGGUUUGAACAGAAGCUGGGACACGCAGAGCAAUGGGGAUGUGGGUCAAAGUAUCACAGAACCGGGAACCAGCUUUGACCCACUACUUGCGACUCUGGACUCCCUCUCGCUGGAGGGACAAGGCGUCGUGGAUUCGGAGGACGGCGGCUGUUCAAACGGGGAGUUGUUUGGCGCUCUGGAGGGUUUGGGGCUGAGCGCCGAGGAUCUCGAGCUUCUCCUGUUGGACGAGCGGAUGAUUCGAGUAGAGAUAGACCCAGAGCGCGUGCCCACCUUGGAUGACCUACUAACGAAUGAUGAAAUUCUGUCGUACAUCUAUGACUCCAUUGAUGGAAAGACCGAUUGCGCAGACCAGGGAGGGCCGGUGGCAACCUGCAAUCCCUCAGCAAGCGCAACAACCGGGUCCGUUUCGGAAAGCACUCUCACCUCUGACGCAAAUGUGAAAAUGCAGUUUCCUCACCAUAAGCCUCUCGUGGCCGGGAAGGCUCCCAUCCUCCAGUUGUCCCAGCAGAUGCAAAAGCACCUCAGCAUGUGCUCAAGCAAAGGGGCACAAAACUGGGGCCAUCAGAAUGACCUGAUAGGGCAUGCUGAAGCUGCCCCGAACGGACAAUGGUCAGCUCAAGACAUUCUCGUGAAUGCAGGCAUCCAAUUGGAACACAUGAACUCCCAACAAACUGUUUUCAAUGGCAAGACAUCAGAACUAGAUGAGGAGCUUCUUCAACAACAUCAAACCUACCUUCAGCAGCCGCAACAGCAGAACCAACUCUCACAGCAGUGCCAUGCCAAUCCCAAGGCCGCCAUCCUAAAUGGACUCUGUGGCGUCUCCAGCACAGAGCAAUCGGCAAUAAAAUCACAGUGGCAGGACUUUGGCUUCGGAGAGAGUCUGGGCCCGUGCCACAAUAACUGCCAAAAAACUCUUGCGGACACCUCGAUAGAUUCCUGCAUGGAUUACAGCAUCCCCGACAUUGACCAAUCGGAUUACUCCGUUAACGGCGGCGGGUUGUUCGGGAGCAGUGCGCUUCAACACAGGGCCGAGUCCACAAUUUCAUCAUUCCAGGGGAUUACCCAGAAGCGGAAGCAGGAGCCAAUCCCAGUUCCUUUAGCUCAGGUCAUCUCCAGCCUGUCACAGUGUCCACCUCCGAAUGCCUCGUUGGAACAAAUCCUGGCGGUCGGCAAACCUUGUCGGCAGUUGGACCAUUACAGCAUGGUGGCCUCGGACAUGCCUCAUGAGCCCAAUCACGGCAAGAUGGAGAAUGGCAGCAUCCUGACCGCAGCAUACCCAACAAUGCCCAAUGGGAAUGGCGCAGCGCCCUCUGCUGGCCAGAUACCCUGCACGGAGGCUCUGCCAGGCCUCCCAGAUCCACCAGCCGAUGGCUUCUACCUCUGACCAGCUGGCCCGUGCACUGCAAAUGGCACAGAUGCAUACAUAACAUACAUUCACACACUAACUGGACCAGCCUUAUAACACGCAGAUAAGACAACAAACAAAACUCAUCAAUGCUAUCCUGUUUUUUUUUCUUUUCUUUUUUUUGGGCCCAGGGGGGUUGAGCGAUCAUCGUAUUAUUUUUCAAGUCAUAUUAUCAUAAGAGUCCUUUGUUUACAAUAAUGCAGUUAGAGAGUUAUGUGAAUGACGCGACAGACGAUUCAGGGUUUUCUUUUAGCAAAGGAGUUGCAGAUGAGCAAACGGGUUUGGAGUCGGUGGGUGUUUGUCUGCGCUUCAUGAAUGUACAGACACAAGCGGGAAAAAGGGAGGGAGGCUUUAGCACUAAAUGCAACUUUUACUUUCUACAUAGUCCCAUUAAAUAUCUGCGGAUCUUCCUGAUGAUAACACAUAUUCACCAGCCAGUUCCUUCGAUACACCUGAACAAUCAAAUCCAAUAUAAAAUCUAGUUUUGCAUAUUCACGAUUACUAACAGACCUCAAAGGAAACAAUCAUUAUCUUCAUGGAUGAUGUCAUACUUGCUCCUGAUCAAGAAGGCAGACAUUGGAUUGUGCAGGUGUACCUAAUGAAAUGUCCAGGGGUUAUUUGCUUCACUUUACAUCUCAAAGCUCCAAAAAAAAAAAAAAAGCACAAAAGCAAACAAACAAAACAGUUGUCCGUCAUGCAACAGGAAUGUAGUGCUUCAUUUCUUUAUUGAGUUGUCCCUGUCAUCAAUGAGAUUAAAUGUUUGAAAGGAAGUAGAGAAAAUGAUGCUUGGAUGAUAUCCUGCACUUUAUUUCAAGCAGCCAUAUAACACAGCAGCUCUGCAGUCAGGUCAAAACAAAGCCUGAUUUGUUUUGGUUGUAUUUUAUUUUUUACUGAUUUAGGGAAGUGACUAAUGCUAACUCGCCGUUUUCAGAUGACACCCUCACAAGCACAAACAUUUCUGUACAAUUGUUCGUGUUCUCUUUGUAUUGCUCAAGUUGAAUUAUACAGUAUAUAUAGAGUUUCUUUUUUUUUUUAAUUGUUGACUAUGUUGCUCAACGUUAA